GUGUAGAAUCUGUAAUUUCACAGGCAAAUCCUACAACUAAGAAACAAUUAAUGAAAAUAUCUGUGAAGGGUUUAAUGGAUACAGAGAUGAGGGAUAUAAACAAUGUGACACUAUGUCCUGUUAACUUACAGAGAACAGAAGGGCUGGAACGGGACCCAGACAGCAGGGUUUAUGACCGCCUCUGCUGUGACGUCACAGCCUGGUAGGGAGGGGGCUGCAGUCCUCAGGAAACAGCCAGCGGACAAAGUUCAAACAAGAGUUCCAGUUCCCUGGAACCUGAGUCGGGAGGCCUGCAGUUCACUUUCUGUCUGUUUGCUGGCCAGCACCAGGCUUUCCCAGACAGGCCUAUGCUAGAGGGCUGGAUAGUGUGGUAGAGUGGUGGACAGAGAGCUGCCUCUAUCCACAAUGCAGCCAUAUGCUGACUGAGAGAUAACUUUGUGUCUGGAAGAGCCCUCUGAUUUCCUAUACUAGCGGCCUUACACAAGAUGGAGGAUUUUACAUUUGAUGGAACAAAGCGCUUAAGUGUCAACUACAUGAAGGGAAUUCUUCAACCCACAGUCACCUGUGACAUCUGGGAUGAGAUCUGGAACUUCCAAGCCAAGCCUGAUGACCUGCUUAUUUCUACCUAUCCUAAAGCAGAGCCUGACAGAAGAUUCUGCAGGAACACAGAGGCCUUGGUCUCUUCUUUGUCUGUCUGUUUCAUGUUGGUCCUGAUUUCCCAAACUUACUCAUCGGGAGCGCAUUCAGGAUCAAAUUUGUCUGAAUGUAAAUUUCUAAAAGUAGCCACUGGAACAACAUGGACACAGGAGAUAGUGGAAUUAAUACAAAAUGAAGGUGAUGUGGAGAAAAGUAAACGGGCACCAACUCAUCAACGAUUUCCUUUCCUGGAAUGGAAAAUCCCAUCCUUAGGAUCUGGUUUGGAACAAGCUCAUGCAAUGCCCUCACCACGGAUCCUGAAAACACAUCUUCCUUUUCACUUGCUGCCACCAUCCUUCCUAGAGAAAAACUGUAAGAUAAUCUAUGUAGCAAGAAAUCCCAAGGACAACAUGGUGUCCUAUUACCAUUUCCAAAGAAUGAAUAAAGCACUUCCUGAUCCAGGAACAUGGGAAGAGUAUUUUGAGACUUUUCUGGCUGGGAAAGUGUGCUGGGGCUCCUGGCAUGAACAUGUGAAAGGAUGGUGGGAAGCCAAAGACAAACACCGUAUUCUCUACCUCUUCUAUGAGGACAUGAAGAAGAACCCAAAGCAUGAAGUUCAGAAGCUAACAGAAUUUAUUGAGAAGAAACUAGAUGACAAAGUUCUAGAUAAAAUUGUCCAUUACACUUCAUUUGAUGUUAUGAAACAGAAUUCAAUGGCAAACUAUUCAUCGAUUCCUGCUGAAAUCAUGGACCACUCCAUUUCUCCAUUCAUGAGAAAAGGGGCAGUGGGAGAUUGGAAGAAACACUUCACCGUGGCUCAGAAUGAGAGAUUUGAUGAAGAUUACAAGAAAAAAAUGGCAGAUACCAGACUAACUUUCCACUUCCAAUUCUAGUAAGGAAGAAAAAGAACUAAAAAUAUUUUAGUUUAUUACCCAGUAUAUUUAGGUAAUAAUGAAAGUUUAAUUCUCACAACAAGUGAUAUCGGAUUCCAGUUAUCAGAAUAGUUUAUUGUGUUUGCUCUUGUUCACUCUACUAAAAAAAAAAUUAAAAAGGCUGGGGGCAAGGUGCUGACAGGCAGCAGGGUGGCAACAUGGAGAGAGGGAAGCUCAGUAAGUCACUAGUUACAAUCCUGGUAUCAUUGCCAAUUAUCAUAUUUACAUUUCCUACAAUCAUGUGCUUAUUAACAUAUUGAAAAUGCUUCAGUCCUCACAUGAUAAUACACUAACAUUUUCAGAUUAAGUUUUGGUUCAAGUUAAUUUUUAAAUGCAUCACUAAUGUGUAAAUAGUGACUGUUCGUUUCAGCAAUUUUUUGGUGGUGAACUGUCAAAUGACUCAGUUUCCUCUUGGAACCCUCCAAGAAAAACAUCAGGGUCCUAGUGUAAUACAUCUGGCCCCAUUUCUCACCAGCCUAUAUAUUUAACUGGACUCACUCUCCCACCUUCAGCUAAUGCUACAAUCCUGGAGUCACCUUUUGAUUCAUCUUUCCCAGUGCCGCCACAAUCCAUUCUCAUCUGUCAGCAAAAUCUGUCAGUUUUAAUCUAUGAAAUCUCUUACAGUAUUUCCAUCUAACCAUUCCUUGUUUUCCCUCUAUUUCUAUAGCCAUCCUUCUGGUUCAGAAACCUUUUACUUCUUGUCUCAACUAAUGUAAUAGCUUCCUAACUUCUUUCUCUCUAUUUCAUACAUAUGGUAAGGUUAUUUUCCUUAACAAGACUCUUAUUAUGUUGUUCCUUAGCUCAAAAUCCCUCAAUGACUGAAUUUUCACUGCCUGAAAGACAAAUCCCAAGCUUUUAGCUAUGAAUUCAAAAGCAGCUGUAACCAUAACGACUCCAGCCUUCACUUCCAGCUUCACCUUCCAAACCACCUCCAUAUUCCAGCAAAUUAGCCUACUUACUUGUUCCUAGUCACAUCUUACAGCUUCCUACCCUCCCAGUUUUAUUUAUACCAAGCCGCCUCUUGAAAUUUCCUUUCCUUUCUUUCUACCUACCCAAGACAUAUAACAUGCUUCAAUAACCAGUCCCUUCCUCCUACAAACCCUACAACCUGGAAAGCACUCUUGCUUUUCUGAAGUCCUCUACACUUGGGGUAACUCUUCUGUGAUGAAGAUUAAAGUGUAUUAUGGCAACUCUC